AUGUAUUUGAUCUUGCUACAGCUGUACUCCAAGUACAAUGUAAUCACCAUGUAUUUGAUCUUGCUACAGCUGUACUCCAAGUACAAUCUGUACUCCAAGUACAAUGUAAUCACCAUGUAUUUGAUCUUGCUACAGCUGUACUCCAAGUACAAUCUGUACUCCAAGUACAAUGUAAUCACCAUAUAUUUGAUCUUGCUACAGCUGUACUCCAAGUACAAUGUAAUCACCAUGUAUUUGAUCUUGCUACAGCUGUACUCCAAGUACAAUGUAAUCACCAUGUAUUUGAUCUUGCUACAGCUGUACUCCAAGUACAAUCUGUACUUCAAGUACAAUGAAAUUGCCAUAUAUUUGAUCUUGCUCCAGCUGUACACCAAGUACAAUCUCUACUCCAAGUACAAUGUAAUUGCCAUAUAUUUGAUCUUGCUACAGCUCUACUCCAAGUACAAUGAAUCACCAUGUCGGACUUUACCUGUGCCCGUGGCGUGCGAGGUGUGCGGCGACAAGAGCUACGGCAAACACUACGGCGUCUACUGCUGCGACGGCUGCAGCUGCUUCUUCAAGAGGAGCAUCCGGAAGAGGAUCUCUUACACGUGCAUAGGUAAAGGUGGCUGUGUGAUCGACAAGGCACGGAGGAACUGGUGUCCAUACUGCCGACUUCAGAAAUGUUUUGCCGUCAACAUGAAUAAGAAUGCUGUCCAGGAGGAAAGGGGGCCAAGAAAGAACAAAGGCUGUCGCAAGAAUCCAGCUUCUACCACAUCUCGCCGCACCGUUGCUAUAGCGACGUCUACGUCAUCAUAUAUGCACCAAGGGGAGCCACUGGAUGCCAAAUCGGUGUUGGGCAGCAACGUGCAACGUCUUGCCUGGAGCUCCUACUUUAGUGCGUUUAAACCCGUUGUCCCACGUGGUGCGAUACCAACAUGGCCGACACCAUAUGCGAUACCCUACUGGAUGGCGGGGGCGGCUGAGGGGUCAGAGGUCAUGAAGCGUAUUGAAGGCUCCAACAUCAUGAGCGACCCCAACAGCCUGCUGUACUCCACGGCGCAACAGAUUCUAGCCACGGCACUCCGCCGGACUCAUUACAACCACAUUUUCAAAUCGCUACAUCCGCACGACCAACUAGUUCUCCUCGAGAGCAAGUGGAGCGAGGUGUUCCUGUUUGCGGCUGCGUACUGGCCUAUAGAUAUCUCCAGACUGGCCAGGAAGAACGCGGGAAAAGAUAGCGACAGGGACGAUGACCUUGCCUGCGUUCAGAAGGUCAUCACCACGUGCCAGACGCUUCACGCAGACUCUACAGAGUUACCGUUCCUGGAAACAAUUGUUCUACUCCGGCAGGAUCAGUCAGAACGUCUGUUUGAACCAACCAAAGUUGAGACACUUCAGGAUCAGGCACAACUAGCCCUUGCACACUACGUCACACAAGCUCAUCAGCAUAAUCCCGCGAGAUUUGGAAAGAUGCUCCUCACACUUCCUGUCUUGCGCACUGUGGCAGCUGAAAUGACAGAGAAACGCUUCUUUGGCGAUAUUUCCACCUCUGUGAGACAGUUGAUAAGAUCGUACUACUUGUAGAGAAGACAGCUAAUGCUUUAAAAUAAGGGAGACAAACCAUCACCUCACAAAAUUAUGAGUUUAUCCGAGCGUGGCAUAAGGUGAUCUACAACGGCAGGGAUGUCAACUCAUUUAGAAUUAAACUUUAGGAAAUGAAUGGGGGUAAAACAGAGUAAUCUGAUUGUGUCGGCAGUACCAAUAUGCGGUUCUUUUAACCGUUUCCUUACUUCUGGUUUGUUCGAGACUUAACGCUGCACUCAGCAAUAUUCCAGCUGUAUGGCGGUGGGCUGUAAAUAC